AUGAGGUCUCUUAGAGAAAUCAUUACACAGUAUAGAGGGAGAAGAUUCCCAAGCUUCGUGACAAUUAAAGAAAUGGGCCCGAGGGACGGUCUGCAGAAUGAAAAAAGUGUGGUUUCUACAGACACAAAGGUCCAGUUUAUCAACAGACUAAGCCAAUGUGGCUAUAAAUCUAUUGAAGUCACAAGUUUUGUUUCUCCAAAAGCAGUUCCACAAAUGGCUGACAAUUAUCAGGUAUUCCAACAGAUACAAAAAUUCGAAGGAAUUUAUUCUAUUAUUAUCUAAUUAUAAUUAAAUCCAGUCGUAUUUUAUACAUUUUAUAAGCAAAAAAUUAUAAAUAACUUGCCAAAUUCAUCAAAAUAAACAAUAGUUAUCCAGUUCUGACCCCAAACAUGAAAGGGUACGAUGCAGCAAUCCAAGCAGGGGCCAAAGAAGUUGCAGUUUUCACAGGGGCAAGCGAAACUUUUUGCCAAAAAAAUAUCAAUUGCAGCAUUGAAGAAAGUAUCAGACGAUUUUUGCCUAUUAUGGAAAAAGCCAAUGAUAAUAAUGUUCAAGUCCGAGGAUAUGUCUCCUGUGUAAUGGGAUGCCCUUUUGAAGGAGAUAUAGAUCCUGCAGCUGUAAGACAGGUAGCUAAGAGAUUAAAUGAAAUAGGAUGCUAUGAAAUCUCGUUAGGAGAUACCAUUGGAAUUGGGACACCAGAGAAGACAAUAGCGAUGCUCCAUGAAGUCUUACAAGAAGUCCCUCUUGAAAAAUUAGCCCUUCAUUGCCACAAUACGUAUGGAAGAGCUAUACAGAAUAUAGCCCGAUCCCUGCUUUGGAUUGGGCUUGGCUGACGUCGGGAGACGUCACCUAUAUAGAGUUGACAAACUAAAUUCUGCUGGCAAAGCCAAUUCCCCAUUUGACGUUUCCAGACGUCAUCCAAGCCCGAUCCAAAGUAGGGAUAGGGCUAUAUCUUAACUGGACUAGAAAUGGGAGUUAGCAUUGUAGAUAGCUCUAUUGCAAGCUUAGGAGGAUGUCCAUAUGCGCCUGGUGCAACUGGGAAUGUGUCCACAGAAGAUGUAGUAUAUGUGCUAAGCCAGCUAGGAGUAGAAACAGGCCUUGAUUUGCAAAAGCUGGAAGAAACUGCAAAUUGAAUCUGUGCAGCUAUUGGAAGAGAAAAUCGAAGCUUAUAUAGAGGCAGUGAGUAA